AUGACGACAACCACAGGCACAUCCGAGACUUCCACACCAUCGACUUCCUCAUCGCAGGUCGUCAGCCGAGUAUCUGCUCCUGUCUCAGAGACUCUUCUCAAUGAUAAGUGGGAUCUCUGCCUCUCCAACGCCAUCAUAAAAUCCGGCCUCGGCCUCGGAUUCGGCAUCGUUUUCUCGGUCCUUUUGUUCAAGCGAAGAGCAUUCCCUGCAUGGAUCGGUCUUGGAUUCGGUGCUGGUAGGGGAUAUGCGGAGUGUGAUGCCAGCUUCAAGAGUGCUGCUGGUUCGAGGAGUGUUCGGGCAUAA